AUGACGUCCAACCGCUCUUCAGCCCAGCCCUCUCCGUCGCGGGGAGGCUCAGCAGGCGAGCCAGGGCCCUCGGCGCCCCCUCCCGAUCGCCAGACGCACUCGACGCACAUCUUCGAGGUGCCAUACCGCAAGGCUGCCGAAGCAGACCGCCCAAAACAAGCAUCUAGACCUUCCUCCCCGCCUACAUCCUCACAACAACCAGCCUCUUCAUCGCCAUCAUCCAGCAACAACAAACCACCACCCAAGAUCACGCCCAUACCAAGAAUCGUCCCCACGGGGUCCCUACGAUAUGACCCGCCGGGAAGCGAAGACCCCCCGCCGCCCAAGCCACGACAUGAGACCCUCGCGCAGGGCCUCGAGGGCAGGUACGUCGACGAGUUCGGCAACGUCCUAGACUGGGACGGCACAGUCCUCGGCCGCGUCGAGGGCGAUCUUCCGUCCAUGGUCGGCCGUCCCGUGUCUCAGAACGGGGAGAUUCUGGACACGGACGGCGACGUCGUGGGCUACGUCUCGGACAACUACAUCCAGCCGGAGCGGCAGGAGCUCGGCAACGGGCUACAGGUGGAUGGGGAGGGCAACAUCUACAACCAGGACGGGGCGGUCAUCGGGAAGCUCAACGAGCCGCCCAACAAGGACGCCAAGAGCUCCUGGCCGGCCAAGCAGAGGGUUGAGGCUCCCCCUCCGCCGCCCAAGCCGGCGUCUGCGCCCAACCCGUCGGAGAUAUAUCUGGACGUGAAGUCGACGUUUGACGGCAUCCAGAUCAUUAUAAAGAUACCCACCAUAUUUAACAGGGAGCACGACUGUGCAGAGCAUGACAAGGAGAAGACGGAGGAGGAAAGGGUGAAAUAUGAGGAUCGCCCUAGGGAAAAUGGCGAUAGCAGCCAUCACAAUAAUCCAAUGUCCAUCCCUGGGGGAUGGAAAAAAGACACGCCAAGAGAAACACCUAGAGACACCCCGGCACAAGAGAGGUCCGAUCCAACCGAAGCCAUCCCUCGAUCCGCUACGGGCCUUGUGAGCGACUCCGGACUAAUAAUCGAUCAUGAGGGAAGGACGAUUGGCAAGCUUGCCGAGUCCGAGGAUGCCCGAUCAUUGGUCGGCAACACAGUCACAGCUGCUGGAGAUGUCGUCGACGACGCUGGCGAAACCGUCGGACGCGCAUCUCUUGGAGAUGACAAGGAGAAGGAAUACACUACUGGAAAACAAGAGGCCACGGAAAGCCCCAAGGUCCAGGAAGAGGACGCAAAGUCUACCGGCGGCUUCUUCAGUUCGGCUUCCAGCCUCGUCAAGCAAGGCCUUGGAUCAUUCAGCCGUAGCAAGAAGAACUUGAGCGACGCCGGACAGGAGGCAGCUCCUGAUGCUCCAGAAGUCGAAAAGGCCGAAACUGAAACGCAAGCAAACAAGUCAGAGGCCGCUACAUCACAACCCGCUCUAUCGGAAGCCGGCCAGCCAAAUCUAGUCUCAAGAUCCAAAGCUGAUCUAGACGAUGUCCCACCUAAACCUGAAGAUGAUUCCUUCACCGAAGCUGAUGACCCCAAUCUCAAAUACCCUCCCCCAGAGAGUGCCAUCGCACCCUCGGAGGCUCCUGAAGAUGAGUCCCGCACGGAAGCUGGUGAAUCUCUCAAGAGCGGCCCAUCCGGAGUCCCUGACGUCCCUGCUUCACAGGGUGCCAGAGCUCCUUCCGAAGCUCCUGAAGAUGUUCGUACCGAGGCCGGAGAGUCUCUCAAGAGCGUCAAGUCUGGAGCCUCUAAGGUUCCUCCCUCUCAAGGCGAAGACGCUCCCUCCGAAGCACCCGCAGAUGAGUCCCGCACGGAAGCUGGCGAAUCUCAAAAAGGUGACCAGUCUGAAGUCCCCGACGUCCCUGCCUCACAGGUUGGCGGCGCUCCCUCAGGAGCCCCUGAAGAGGAUGUACGCACCGAGGCUGGUGAGUCUCUCAAGAGCGCGAAGUCCGGAGCCUCUAAGGCUCCUCCAUCUCAGGGCGAGGGCGCGCCAUCAGAAUCACCCGCAGAUGAUCAGCGCACCGAAACUGGCGAGUCUCUGAAGGGCGGCCAGUCUGAAGUCCCCGACGUCUCACCCUCGCAGGCCGGUGAUGCUCCUUCAGAAGUCCCAGAAGAGGAUGUGCGCACCGAGGCUGGCGAAUCUUUCAAGGGUGCCAAGUCUGGAGUCUCCCAAACUGCUCUGUCACAAGGCGCUGAUGCUCCUUCAGAGGUACCUGAGGGCUCCCAAGUAGGUGACAAGAGCCAGCGCGAUGCCGAAUCCGAAGUUCCAAACCUCCCUUCAGAGGCUGGGGACGCUCCCUCGCAAGUCCCAGACGAGCUUCGCACUGAAGCUGGCGAGUCCCGAAUUGAAGGAUCGCAGGACGGUCCCGUAGCUCUCGAAGAUCGCGAGGAUGAUCAGAAGACACUGGGCGGUAAGACUGAUGCAAGCGCCGACAAGAGCCAGGUAGCUGGCACUGAUGUCCCGGAAACCAUCGGUGAGGGGCAGGCUCUGGGAGAAGAAUCCAAAGCAGGUGAGGAGCAGGCUCUGGGAGAAGAAUCCCAAGCAGGCGAGACACAGGAGGGAGAGGAGGGAGAGGAAGCUGAGAAACUGGACUACACCAUCCUCAAGGGCGCCAAGGUGAAUAAGGUUGGCAAUCUCGUCAAUGACAAGGGCGAGAUGGUCGGCCGUGUUAUCGAAGGCAAUGUCAAGCAGCUCCUUGGAAAGAAGGCAGAUGAAGAGGGCAACAUCUGGAACGACUCCGGCAAGAUUGUCGGAAAGGGCGAGCCCAUUUCUCAGGCUGAGCGCGAUGACCACAAGGACUAUGCUCCAUUUGAAAACUUCCCUGAUGCCGUCGUUGAAUCUGACGGCCGUGUCACCUCCAAGGGUGAGCAGGUCGGUAUCGUCGUCGAAGGCGACCCCAAGCGUCUUAAGGGCAGCAAGGUCGACGAGGACGGUGAUAUUCUUGACCGCAACGGAAACGUUGUCGGCAAGGCCGAGGCAAAGGAGAAAGAUGUCCCAGUAGAGGAAGAGCCAGAAAAGACUGACACCAGCUCUCUCAAGAAUGCCAAGGUCAACAAGGUUGGCAAUCUGGUUGAUUCCAAAGGUGAAGUUGUUGGCAAGGUUAUCGAGGGCAACAUCAAGCAGCUCCAAGGCAGGACUUGUGACGAGAACGGCGACAUCUGGGAUAGCAGUGGCAAGAUCAUCGGCAAGGGCGAGCCUCUGACUACGGGCGAUCGUGAUGAGCAGAAGGACUUUGCACCAUUUGAGAAUUUCCCUAAUGCCAUUGUCGAAGCAGACGGUCGUGUGACCUCUGAUGGCGUCCAAGUCGGCGUCGUCGUUCAAGGCGAUCCCAAGCGCCUGAAGGGCAGCAAGGUCGACGAGGAUGGAGACAUCCUUGACCGAAACGGCAAUGUCGUUGGCAAGGCCGAGCCUUGGGAUGAGCCAGAAGCUGAGGCUGAGAAGGUAGUUGACCGCUCUUGCCUCGCCGGAAAGCGUGUCAACAAGAGAGGCAAUGUCGUUGACUCAUCUGGCGUCAUCUAUGGCCGUGUCAUCGAAGGAAAUGUUGCCAAUCUUGUUGGCCGCAUGUGCGACAAGGAAGGUAAUGUGCGCAGCGAGUCUGGUGACAUUAUCGGCAAGGCUGAAAUUGUUUCCGAGGGCGAGCGCGAAGGGUCCAAGGACGGUCCUUUUGCAGAGCUCUCGGGUCUUACUGUCAACAAAGACGGCAAGGUCGUGACUGCAGCUGGAGAUGUGGUAGGCAGACUUAUCUCAGGAGAUCCCAAGGUUCUCGCCGGACGAUCAGUUGAUGAAGACGGUGAUAUCAUGGACAGAAAUGGCAACGUCCUUGGCAAGGCUGAACGAUGGGAGGAGCCUGAGGUUGAGAAGAAGAAGGAUCCUCUCGCUGGCCGACGAGUGAACCGCGAAGGUAAUGUUGUCGACGACGAUGGCAACAUCAUUGGCAAACUUGUCAGUGGUGAUCUUCAAAUCUGCUCAGGCAAGGAGGUUGAUGACGAUGGCGAUGUUGUCAACGCCAAGGGCCACACCAUUGGCCAUGUAUCUCUUCUUGAGAACAUUCCUCCUGAGCCUGAGCCGGAGCAUGUGGAGACUGAAGAGGAGAGAAAGGCUCGUGAGGAAGAAGCCAAGCAAAAGGCGGAAGACGAAAAAGACAGGAAGCUUGCUGGACAGCUCGGCGGAUGCAUUGAGCAGUCCCUGGACAAGAUCCGACCUUUGUGCAAGUUGAUCACAGACAAGAUCGACAGCGCAGAGCGUACUCCCAAGGAAGACCUUGACGAAGAGGCUCUGGUCCGGGAGGUCAAGCCUUUGAUUGAGGAAGGCGGCAAGAUCUUGAGUGAGACCAACGGCAUGAUUCGUGGUCUUGAUCCUGACGGCCGCAUUCAGCGUCAGGCCAAGCAGAGAUCGGGAACUAGGGAAGCUACCCCAGAGGAGCAUCAUCUGGCAGAGCAGCUGAAAGAGCUCACCGGCACCGUCACCCAGACAAUCGACAACGCCAAGCGCAAGAUUGAGGGUAUGCCUCAUGCCAAGAAGGAGCUCAACCCUCUUUGGGGACUCUUGAUGGAGCCUUUGGGACAGAUUCUCGCCGCCGUUGGCUUGCUUCUCAACGGUGUUCUAGGCCUCGUUGGCAGACUGCUGAGCGGUCUUGGCCUUGCUCCCCUGGUUGAUAACAUCUUGGGCGGCCUCGGACUGAACAAGAUUUUGGGCAGUCUCGGACUCGGAAGUGCGUAUGAUGCGCUGCUCGGAAAGGACAAGAAGGAUGGUGGUAAGAAGAAGGGAAUUCUCUUUUAG